AUGCUUUCAUUUGAUUACGCUCCACAAUUUUACUCAUCUCCAUUUGAACCAAGAUAUGUUUCAAGAUCAUCUCCACAAAGUUUUGGUUUAGGUUCUGAUUUUUUCACACCAUCAAGAUCAUCAUAUCAUUGUCAAUCACCAAGAAGAAUUGUUAGAUCAAGAUCAUGUCAUCAUCCAUUUGAACGUUUUCAAGAAAGACCAAGAUUUGGACAAAGAUUUAGAGCUGCUAAUGGUGGUUAUGAUUUUAAUGAUUUAUUAAAUCAAAUGAUUCAAGAACAUCAUGAUGAUGAAGAAGAUUUUGAAGUUGAAAGAAAACCUGAAGUUGGUUAUAAAGUUUUAAGAUCCAAGAAUCAAUAUCAAAUCCAUAUUCAUAAGAACAAUAAUGAAUAUAAUCAUUAUUCAAUUAGUUAUAAAGUCAUUGAUGGUUUUGCAAUGAUUCAUGUUGAAAGUGAAAAAGAUGAAUUUAAGAAAGUUUUCAAAUUCAAACAAAAUGAUGUUGAUGUUAUGAAUGUUAAAUGGGAAUUAGCUGGUAAUGUUUUAAAAAUUAUCAUUCCAAGAGUUCCAGCUGAUGAAUUUGUUGUUAGACCACAAGUCAAAAAAGUUUUUGCACCUGUUAGAGAUGAAUCGAGAAGAUCUGUUAGUCCAUCACCAAAACCACAACAAAUUCAAGAACAAGUUCCAAAACAAGCAGCAAAACAACCAUCAGAAAGUAAACCAAAAGCUAGAGUUAUUUCCAUUCCAAUAGACUAUGAAGAUUCAGAAACUGAAACUGCAGUUACAACUCCAAGAUCAAGUAGAUCCAAUUCAUUUAGUGAAACUGAUUCAAUUAGUACAAGAUCCAGAUCUAAUAGUGAAGCUGAAUUGUCAAGUGAUGAACAUGAACCAUUACAUAAAUUACCAAAAUUGAAAAGAAGAGUUAGUAUUGAAGAAGUUGAAGAUGAAUCUUUACAUUUAUGA